UAAAGAGCCACCCACAGGUCAGCCCACGUGGCAGCCAGACUGCCCAGCAAAGGAGGCGAGGCGGCUGCCUCGGGUUUUUCUGCACCCGGCGCAAAAGAAGACAGUUUUAUUCUUUCACUUCAGUGAAACCUGGUUGUGUCAAUAUGUGUUAAGGUGACAGUAACCUGAGUUUCUGCCAAGCCUGGCUGACAUAAAGCCAUGAAACAUCUGCUGGGCACAUCUUACUCCUACAAGGAUUCAUCUGGGCAUGAUAGUUGACCUGGAGCUCUCCCUGCAGUGGCUUAUCUUUGUCAUGGCAGAACCAUCCAAUGUGAAAAGCAGAACAUUUCUGCCCCAUGUCCGGACCAGCAUGAGAAGUGAUGGGCAUGUGCAAGAACUUUUUCUUGAAGAAGCCAAACAGGGUUAUCAGACAUCUAACAAACCUUGGUGGAAAAUACAACUUUUUGUUUGGGAACCAGUGCUUUUUGGAACAUGGGAUGGAGUCUUUACUUCCUGUAUGAUUAACAUCUUUGGAGUAGUUCUCUUUCUACGGACAGGUUGGCUAGUUGGGAACACUGGAAUUCUAAUGGGCAUGUUUUUGGUGUCCUUUGUCAUUGUGGUCGCCUUAGUAACCAUCUUGUCUGGCAUUGGGGUUUGUGAACGAUGUAGCAUUGGAAACGGAGGAGUCUAUUCAAUGAUUUCUACUGUCCUUGGAGGUCAGGUUGGAGGGACCAUUGGCCUACUUUAUAUUUUUGGUCAGUGUGUUGCAGGUGCUAUGUAUAUUACUGGAUUUGCUGAAUCCAUCUCUGGCCUCCUGAACUUCACUAGCAUUUGGGCAAUCAGAGGCAUCUCCUUGGUAGUUCUGCUGGCCUUGCUUGGAAUUAACCUGGCUGGGGUGAAAUGGAUAAUACGACUUCAGCUGCUACUUCUCUUUCUACUGGCUGUUUCCACACUCGAUUUUGUCAUUGGAUCUUUCACACACCUCAGUCCAGAAAAUGGCUUCAUUGGCUAUUCAGAGGAGCUGUUAUUAAACAACACGCUGCCAGACUACAAUCCAGGAGAAUCUUUCUUCACUGUGUUUGGUGUCUUCUUCCCAGCUGCCACAGGAGUGAUGGCUGGGUUUAAUAUGAGUGGAGAUCUCAGGAAACCCGCAACGGAUAUCCCUCUAGGAUCUCUGUCUGCCAUUGGCAUUUCGUGGUUUUUAUACAUUGUUUUUGUUUUUUUACUGGGAGCUAUUUGUACCCGGGACUCACUCCGCUAUAAUUUUAUGAUAGCAGAAAAGGUAUCCUUGGUGGGUUUCUUAUUCUUACUUGGUUUGUACAUUUCAUCCUUGGCAUCUUGUAUGGGAGGUCUCUACGGAGCACCCCGAAUCCUUCAGUGCAUUGCUCAAGAAAAAGUGAUACCUCUUCUUGCAUUUCUUGGACAUGAAAAAGGGCCGAACAAAACUCCAAUAGCUGCAAUCUGCUUAACAAGCCUCAUCACCAUGGCUUUCAUUUUCAUUGGCCAAGUGAAUGUUCUUGCUUCAAUAGUUACAAUCAACUUCAUGCUUACAUAUAUUGCUGUGGAUUAUUCCUAUUUCUCAGUCUCCAUGAGCUACAAUCUUAAGCAGAACUCCAAAAUGAUGCGGCAAGCGGAUGCCAGGACUGUGCUAAGUUGCUCUCGACCUUUAAUACUCAGCAAAUCGACUUGUUACGGAUCAAAUGGAACAGAUGAGCGCAGGUCAGAUGGAACUUUGCUGGAAUUCACCAAAGAUAUGAACCAUCUUUUUAAGCCUGUCAGUCAAGAUCCAGGCAUUGAUCUUGAACUAAAAGAAAACAAUGUGGAUGCCGUCCAAGUGAUCAAGCAGAGAAAGCAAAAGAAGGCAGCCAAGCAAACAUUAGAAGACAGCUUUUGUUUGGCUCUUGAGAACGACAUUGCUCAUAUUCAGGAGGGUUGCAAUGAUUCCCUAAGAUCCAGUGUCAAAAAUGUGCAGCAUUUUUCACAGCCAAAUUGCCAAGACGUGGAUGGAAAUGAUGCAUCUCCAUCUGUUAUUAGAGAAAACAAUCAGAAGGAGGAAGAUGGAGACCAACAUUUGGAUGAAAUGCAAAAACCCUCCAGUCCACAGAUGGAGGAUUUAAAUCUAAAACAACAAAGACAAGAAUUAGAAAUUCAGAAUAUACCAGUUUCUUUCUAUUCCAAGCUUUGUGAUCAUCGGGUUUCCCUUUUUGGUGCAAUAGUUUCAUUAGUGAUUAUGUUCAUUAUUCAAUGGAUUUAUACUCUCAUUAAUUUGGGACUAGCAAUUAUUUUGUAUUUCUACAUUGGCAAAGUGAGUCCAGGACUACCACCUGGUGUGGCAGCUAAUUUCAGCCUUUUCAAGUGGAUUAAACUCCUUUUGCUUAAUGCCUGCAGGGGAAGGCCAUCCCCGGAGGAGCGAUUUGUUGUCACACCGACCUUUGCAACAGUUGGCAUGGAGACCACUCAACUCACUGAAGAGAAUACAGAUUUUGCUUCCCGAGAUCGUUACCAUCAUUCCUCUUUUAUCACCCGAGAAGAGUUGGUCCAUCAGUUCCAGUGAGAGAGCUAUGUGCCAUUCACUUUACCAGCCAAUUAAAGACCGAGUACAGACAUACCAUCUGAUUAAAAGGCUUUCCCUUUUCACAACUGAUCUUAAUGAAUGCUGAAACUUCCAAUUAAGGGGAGUUAGGGGGAAGGAGCGGCAGGCAAAUUCAAAACCUGCUCGGUCUAAAAAAAAAAAAAAGAGGGUUUGGGUUUUCAUUCCAGGGCAUCGGAUAUUUUUGUGCAAUAACUAUCAAUCUAAAAUAGAAUGUGGUUUUGUAACACUGACGGUACCUGUAUUUGCUAGAGAACAAAUUCAAUUCCAUAGGCAGGUCUUUCUGAAAUCUAGAAUUACCCCAGGCUUCUCCAAAGUAGUUGGUAUUGAGCGCCAAAGAUCAAUGGGACUAUCCAUUGGUUUUAUUGUUAAUAUUACUAUUUGUAGUACUGUUAAUCAAAAUAGUGUUUAUUUUCAUAUAAUAAAUAUUUGGGGAUUGAUGAGCAAUCUAAAACUUAAUGAAGAGGUCAAAGAACAGAAGAAUUUAGGGACCCCCUGAGUUACAGAAUGUAAAGAAAGAAAAGCUAUUAUGGACAAUCAAUGCAAGUGUUUACUAUGGGUGGAACGGAGAAGUUUUCUACCUUCUCUGGAAUUGGAUCAAACUUUUCUGAAUCUUGCAGUUGUCCUGAACAAUACUUUAAACUCAUACUGACGCUUCCUUAUUUAUAUUUCAAAAGUUAGGCACAAACAAUUAGCUGUGACGUAGAACUUAAAUUGCACUUUAGUCUUCAGACUUCCUUGCCUUCUAGGUCUUGCCCAGGAUGCCGCAGAGAUAGUCACGAUCACAAUUGAGCCCAGUGGAUGAGAAACGAAAUGUCUUCUUCCUCAGGGGGAAAAAAAUCAGUCCAGUUGCCUUUUGAAAAAGCAUCGAGACAAGAAUUUAUGUGCUUGGUAAAGCGACUUGGCAUCUGAUGCCAGUAAAGUAACAUUGCCAAAUUGGAUUUCUGAGUAAUUAGAAACACUGUGGAAACAUGUUUUGUUUUGUAGUAAGAGUCCUCAAGGUUAAUAAAUUGUCAUAUUUAUACAAAGAUUAAAAGCUACUUACUCAUUUCUCUUUCCCUUUCUUUUGCUUACAGUUUGUAAUAAAAGUCAAUAAUUCUACUGUUAAGUAUAAUAUAUCUAAGAGCUUUACAUGCCAGGUUUUCAAAAAUUAUCAUUAUCUAUUUCCCCUUUUUUGUUUUUGCUGUUUCAAUCUCUUUCUAUUAUUUUCUGCCUUUAUUUUAUUUGAUUAAUAAUAAGUAUUGUUGCUAAAACAAAUAGCAAAUGGCACUUCUUAUUUGACUGCACAGUACAACCUGAGAGAACUAUGAUUUGGCUUUAUGUUCUAUGAAAAAAAAAGAUGUCCUGCUAAUCCUUUUCAAAUUUUUGUCAUAAGUGAAAUAUAUCCACUUUUACUUUGUGCUUGAAAAAACCAAAUUCUUGCCAAUUAAUUUUUUUUUUUUACAAAGGUUGCAAAUAUUUCUACAUUUUCUUCUGGAGUUUAAGUUCAGAUUCUAAUUUCUGAAAUUUCAUUUUCUAAAUGCUAAAUUUUAUUUACUGAAUUAUUUUCUUAUGGUUUUUUUAAACAUCUUAUUAAAUAAAUUAAUCACUGGGUUAAUCCAUUAUAUGUGAGGACUUCAGAUUAGAAUGUAUGUGUAUACAGCAGAAAAAAGUAGGCUGCUGACUAUAAUAGGGCCUAUUAAACCAAUGAAAAACCAGGGGGGGGAAUAGCUUAUAACAUUCCUGUUUUUUGUUGUUUACAUACUAAUGCUUGAAAUGUGCAAAGCAAAAAAGCCAAACAAGCAAUAAAAAUAAGUGUGGAAUGGAAGUGGAAUCAAUUAGUUUAAGAAGUAUAUUUCCUUUCUCUAGAUAUGAUCAAGCAGAGGAUUAAUAGCCCAUUGUGAGGAAUGCUUUAAUUUAGAUUUGUACAGCAAACCAGAUGGCUGAGCUUGAUGGUCUAAAGAGCUCCUUUGAACUGCUUGGUUUGAUGAUCUGUUGUUCCAUAUUUGGAUAAAUGGGUAAUUGUAUAAUUAAAAGCAUUUGAUGCUUGUUAAUCACCAAAACUAGGUUAUGUAUGUUUCUGUGACCGAGAAAGAAGAAAUAUGUAAUUUUCAUUUUCAUUUAAGGUUUCUCAAAAUGGCAAGAUAAUUAUGUAUGGGGUUUGUGUGUGUGUGUGUGUGUGU